AUGCGAACUGAAUUGGACUUGCAUGACAGCAGCUUGCUGCGACAUUGCAAUUGCAAACCGGCCGCCAAGCACCCAGAUCUCAAUCUUGUAACCAAAUCGCAGCAGAGACGCUGCGAUGGCCGGAACUCUGCAGACCAAUUUUCUUUGUUCCCAGUCAUGCCUACCUUAAAUAAAUUUCGUGCUAUGGUGAAAAAACGGGGGUUAAGAAGAACAUGUACUUUGGAUGAGAUCAGGAAAGAUAUCUCUUUUUUACAUCCCCCUCCGAAUGGGGGCUGGGGCUGGGUUGUAGUCUUAGCUGCUGCUACUCACGGCUUGCUUGUUGGUGGAUUUCAUAGCGCCUUUGGUGUUUACAUGCUGCCCCUCCUUGACACUUUUAAAUCAAGUAACUCACAGAUAGCUUGGAUUGGAUCUAUCAGCUAUGCUUUCAUUAUGAUAUUUGGUCCUGUUUCUGGAAAACUUCUGGUGAAAUAUGGAGCUAUAAAAGUGGCGCUAAUUGGAAAUCUAGUUACCAUAGGUGGUCUAGUGUGGUCAUCAUAUACUCAUAAUUUACCAAUGCUGUUUUUCACUCAUGGAAUCAUUGUUGGUGUAGGAUCAAGUCUGGCCUACACUCCAGGUAUGAUAAUGGUUAGCCUUUACUUUACUACAAGGCGUUCAUUUGCCACUGGAUUAGUGAUGGCCGGAGGAGCUGCAGGAAUUUUCGUACAGAAUAAACUUCAAUAUUAUUUAAUUCAGAAACUUGGAUGGAGAGAUAGUUUGCGUGUAUAUAGUGGAAUUCUAUCCAUUUGUAUUAUAGCUGGAUUUGCAUACAAGCCUCUUCAAAAACAUAGACCUCAUCCAAGUGUAGUUGAAAAAUUUAAAACAUCGCCACUAAGAGGCUUUAUAGUUGAUUUAGGUUUAUGGAAAGAUCGUAUUUUUGAGGUAUGGGUCAUUUCUCUUGGAUUAGCAAAAUUUGGAUUCUACAUACCUUUUGUGCAUAUGAUGAAACUUGCAGGUGAUUUGGGUAUUCCUUUGGAAAAAGCAUCCUAUAUUAUGGUAGGACUUGGAGUAAGCAGCAUGAUUAGUUCUCUUCUGUUUGGAAAAAUUUGUGAUAUUGAAAAUAUUGACCGACUUUAUAUUAAUCAGGCAUCCAUAUUAUCUGUUGGUGUGGUCUACUUUAUUAUUCCUCAUUGCACAUCUUUUGGCGCUCUUAUAGCCAUUUGCUCCCUUUUGGGAUUUUUUGAUGCAGGAAACUAUGUUCUCCUACCUGUCCUUACAUUUGAUUUGAUGGGAGCAGAGAAAAUGCCUAUUGCUUGGGGGUUUAUGAUGGCUGUCAAUGCAAUCAGCUGUUUUGGUCCACCCUUUGCAGGUGCAAUGUAUGACAUGUAUGGCAGUUAUACUAUUGGCUUUGUAGUAACCGGGGUUUGCAAUAUUGCAGCAGCUGGCAUACUCGCUUUAAUACCCUGGUUGCAAAGAGAAGCAAUCCAGGCAACAAAAAACUACAUUAAUGCUUCUGUAUGCGUAAUAACCAAUACCAUAGUGCCUUGGCAAUCUCCAAGUCCUUCAUUAGGGACUGUUAGUUCCUCAUUCACAAAAUCUAUGGUAUCUCCUCAACAAAGUACAUCAGGCCAUUCAAAAGGAUUCAGCAUGAAGUCCUUUAAAAGCAUAUUAAAGUCAGAUGCAACAUCUGGUAAGAAUGUGACUCCACAGAUGACAUCAGAACCUAGGACUUCUGUGGGUACUGUGGAAUAUAUGAAGGUUCUCCAGGAGCAAGAGGACAAUAUAGCCGAGUGGAAGCAAGACUUAACCAAAUCAGAAUUAGCAUCUCUUCAAAGUCAAACUUCAGUCACCAUGCCCCAGGACCUACCCAUACCUUGUAGAAAAGAAGAUGUUAUGGUAUUGAAUGAGUAUGAGGGAAAUGAAGAAGAAGCUGAGAUUACAACUGGGGUAAGGGCUGCACAAGAGCUAACCGUGCCAGAACAAUCUGUGAGAAGGGAAAGGUCAGACUCUAAACAGUUGGAGCAUUUUCCUCACAGAAAAGAAGAUAAAGUGGCUUUUUUAGAUGAUUUCAUUAGUGAUGAGGAAGAGCAUUUGAGAUCUAUGCCUUCUGUCUCUCACAAAAAAGAAGAUGGGACAGUGUUCUUGGAGGAUAUUGAUGGCCUUAAUGAUGAUCAAGAGCAGCUUAAGAGCACAGCUACAUUGAGUCCAAUUGAAGAUGCAACCAAAUCGGAAAUGGCGUCUAAAGAAAAUGAAACUUCUAUCUCAUUGAAAGACUCUGAACAUACUUCCCCACAUAAAGAGCAAUGAUGUGAUGUUUGCUAAAGAUGAAGUUAGCAAUUUACCAUCAUAAGAGAGGAAAUAACAAGAAUUCAUUAGUAAUAUUAAUGGCAUUUGAUCUAGCACAUCUGUAUGACUUACUAGUAGCAAUUUCUUUGUG